AUGAUCAAGGUUGGCAACGUAAUUGAACAUCAUUAUACCAAAGAAUAUUGCAUACCACUAAUUGAUAGGACUGGUCAUAUAUGGGAAGUUAAUGCCAUUGGUAUUGAGGAAAUAUCUGCUACACUCAAAAAGUUUGAUGUGUCAGUAGUUAAGGAGUUCUUUGUGGGAAUAUCGAACCAUGAUAUUGAUCGGCCUUGUGGUGAAAUUGACAUGCUGGUUGGGGCCGACUACAGUGAAUUAUUACCUAGAGUUGUUCAGACUAAUGAAGGUCUUCAAUUGUUAGAGAAUCCAUUUGGUUUCAGUAUACGUGGCAGACACAGCAGAAUAGCAGCCUUAGGUAACAUGACGAACCAUGUAAUUGUGAGAACUCACAAGGUGUCAAGUUCAAUGAACCUCAAUGAGAUUAAGGUAGAACCUGUAGAUAAACUUAAGUCCCAGUUAGAUAAAUUCUUUGCUUUAGAAGAGAGUGGGGUGCAGUGUGACCCGAGAUGCAUUAAAUGCCUGUGUAAUGGUUGCCCUGUAAGUGAUUGUGUCAAUAUUAAUGAAGAAAGAGAACUAAAAUUGAUUGAGGAGGGAUUAGUAUAUGAUGAAGAAGGGAAGUAUUGGACGGCAAGCUAUCCUUGGAUAAGGUACCCGAGGCAUCUUAAGAAUAAUAUUAAGGUGGCUAUAGCUAGAUUAAAAACUACAGAAAAUAGAUUGAGAAAGUUGGAUAUUCAAUAUGCACAGAGGUAUCACAAUGAAAUUAAGGACAUGGUGAAAAGGGGAGUAGCGAGACAAUUAAGUGAAGAGGAAAUGCAGUCAUACAAUGGCCCAAUUCACUACAUUUCUCAUCAUGAAGUACUGAAAGCAGAUUCUGCUUCAACACCUUUACGUAUUGUAUUUAACUCAUCUUCAUCAUACAUGGGACAAAAACUUAAUGAAUUUUGGGCAAAAGGGCCAGUUGUGUUUAACAACAUGCUGGGAGUCUUGUUAAGAUUUAGACAGGAAAGGGUAGCCAUAACGGGUGACAUCUCAAAGAUGUAUCAUUCAGUUAAAAUCAACACACUGGACCAACACACACACAGAUUUCUUUGGAGAGAUUUGACUAGUAACAGACCACCUGAUCACUAUGUUCUGACAUCCGUGACCUUUGGGGAUAGGCCGAGUGGAACCAUAGCUGUGUUGGCAUUAAGGCAGACAGUAGAGAAAGGAGAUCCUGAAGUUUAUGACAUGAUUGUGAAUAACACUUAUGUGGAUUCUUUAUUCCAUUGA